UUUGGGCAUCUCUAUCGAUUGUGUAGCCGUUAGUGAAGGCAAGAUGUCGUUUGCUCUAGUUCCAUCGAAACUGUUAAAAGGGGAAUUGAUUCAGCUGGAGAUUGAUAAUGUAGUUGGAGAGUUUCAAAAGAUUGCAGCUGUUGGUCUAAUACAAGGCAGAUCAGUUCUCUCUCUGGUAGGGAACACACAGAUGUGGCGACCCAUUCUUAAAAAGGCAUUAAAUGUUCUAGGCAGCAUUGAAGUUAAGUUCUAUACGAUCUCGCCAGUGUUGUCGAAGGUGAUGAAACUUUCCUUGGUGGUCGAUGACAGUGAGGCAAAAUAUUGCGUGCAAGCCCUCCAUUCAGCAUUCUUUGAGAGCGAGUACCCAAUUCCAGUCAACUCAUCCACGACAGCAGCUAGCUCCAGCGUCGACAAAAAGGAGGAUGACAACAACCCAGAAGUUCCACCUCCACUCGAUGCGUGUCAGGGAAGGAGGAACAUUGACCGCAACAGUGUUGUGGAGGAAACUGAGCUCAUGACUUUCCCUGACAAUUAUCCGAUGCCCCUCGAUGGCGACAAUGUCGGGAACCCGACAGAGUUCUACUACAACAACGGAUAUCCAGCCGGGUUGGAUGCCGGAGUACCUGGAGUUCAGCCCCAACAGCAGGUACUCGCUAAUGAGGUGGAGGGUGGCACUGAACCUCUCAAUGUUCUGUACGAGACCAAGCGCAUUCACCAGACAAUGAUGGGCAUGAAGGACAUCGAGCACAGGAUUGUCUUUGACGGCGAGGAUGCGGUGACUGUCAAUGGCAAGAAUCCGGCGGCCGGGUACUUAGGAGUCGACAACAGUGGAUAUUCAGCUGGGUUGGAUGGCGGAGAACAUCAAGUUGAGGAUUUGAUACACAAACCAAUGUUUGUCGGAGUCGACGACGGCGGAUGUUCGACUGGGUUGGAUGGAGGAGAACUUCAAGUUGAGGACUACAUGAUCGACAUCCCGACGCUCGUCGGAGUCAACGACGGCGGAUGUUCGGCUGGGUUGGAUGGCCGAGAACUUCAAGUUGAGGACUACGUGAUCGAAACCCCGAUGCUUGUCGGAGUCAAUGACGGCGGAUGUUCGGCUGGGUUGGAUGGCAGAGAACUUCAAGUUGAGGACUACCUGAUCGACAUCCCAACGUUUGUCGGCGUCGACCACGGCAGAUGUCUGGCUGGGUUGGAUGGCGGAAUCUGUCAAGUCGAUGACUACCUGAUCGACAUCCCGAUGACCGUCGGAGUUGACGCUGGCGGGGAUGGGCACUUUGACGGUGGACUUGAAGUUGAAGCCGAGCAGCAGCCAGCAGGAACUCACUGGGGCAGCGAAGAGCGGCAGUAGACAUCGUAUCAACUGAAGCACAGCUGAAGAAAUGGGUCACUAGUGCUUGAGCUUUCAUUCUAGACUAGAGGUUGGGCGUUUGUGCGCCUCCUGUUCCAUAGAGC